GUGGCCUGCGGAGUGACAAUGUGAUGACAUGCACAGCCUCAACAUGAAGACAUUACUAGUGCUUUGCCUGUGGGUCUGCACUGUCCUGGCAGCUGAUCCUGAUGGGGGCUCAGUCUGUCCCAGUGCCUGCGAGCCGACGACCACCAUCCUCGAUCAAGAACUUAAUGUCAAACCCACCCUGGCCGACCUCAAGAGAAGUGUGGAACAGUUGAAUCGUUAUGCCAAAAUUGUCUCCAGCUACAUGGACAGCUUGUCCAACGAACUGCAAGAGUGCAUGUUUUCACUGACAGUGGACCCAAACACGGCAUUUGAUAAACUACUACUGUCAGAGAAGAACAAGAAGGUUGCACAUGUGGACGCUCCCCAUGGAUAUCCACGACAUCCGGAGAGAUUCACAUCAUUCGGGCAGGUGAUGACCAAGGAAGCCCUGCCUGCCGACUUUUAUUUUGAGUGUGAGUGGAGUGGGCCUGCCGCCGGCUUAGCAAUUACAUAUGAAAGCAUCAGCAGGGGGGGAUUCAGUAGCAGACUUGGUUAUAACGACAAGUCCUGGUCAUUAGAAUGCAACGAUGGUGGCUCAUGCAGUGUGUGGCACAACCAUGUAGAAACUAAACUUGCUGUCAACAUGUCUGGCUCUAGAAGACUAGGAGCAGCUGUGGACCGUAGUGCCGGCACCGUGUCUUUCUACAACGCUUGUCCUGGAGAUCGCAAACUCCUGCACACGUUCAAAACCACAUUCAAAGAUGAGCGUCUAUUUGCAGGCUUUGUGCUUUUUGAAGGCACCACGGUGCUCUUGCUAUAG